GGACGGGCCGGCGGCACUUCCGGCGGGCGGCGUGAGGAGCCGCGGCGGGCCGCGCCAUGGGCAUCCUGGAGAAAAUCUCCGAGAUCGAGAAGGAAAUCGCCCGCACCCAGAAGAACAAAGCUACUGAGUACCAUCUCGGCCUGCUGAAGGCAAAGCUUGCAAAAUACAGAGCUCAGUUGUUAGAACCUUCCAAAUCCUCUGCUGCUAAAGGAGAAGGCUUCGAUGUGAUGAAAUCUGGAGAUGCCCGAGUGGCACUGAUUGGUUUUCCUUCUGUGGGUAAGUCCACGUUUUUGAGUUUAAUGACCUCAACUGCCAGUGAAGCUGCAUCUUAUGAGUUCACAACCCUGACAUGUAUCCCCGGAGUCAUAGAAUAUAAAGGAGCCAAUAUUCAGCUGUUGGAUCUACCUGGAAUCAUUGAAGGAGCAGCACAAGGGAAGGGCAGAGGUCGGCAGGUGAUAGCUGUGGCCAGGACAGCAGACGUUGUCAUUAUGAUGCUGGAUGCCACGAAGGGUGAAGUGCAGCGGGCCCUGCUGGAGAAAGAACUGGAAUCUGUAGGAAUCCGUCUCAAUAAAAGCAAACCGAAUAUCUACUUCAAGCCGAAGAAGGGUGGAGGUAUAUCCUUCAACUCAACUGUCACACUAACUCAGUGCUCCGAGAAGUUGGUACAGCUCAUCCUCCAUGAAUAUAAAAUCUUCAAUGCUGAAGUCCUUUUCAGAGAGGACUGUUCCCCUGACGAGUUCAUUGAUGUGAUUGUAGGCAACAGGGUCUACAUGCCAUGCCUUUACGUUUAUAACAAGAUCGACCAGAUAUCUAUGGAGGAAGUGGAUCGACUUGCUAGGAGACCCCACAGUGUUGUAAUCAGCUGUGGCAUGAAAUUGAACCUGGACUACUUGCUGGAGAAGCUGUGGGAAUACCUGGCACUUACCUGCAUCUACACCAAGAAACGAGGACAGAGACCAGACUUCACAGAUGCCAUUAUCUUACGGAAAGGAGCUUCUGUGGAGCAUGUGUGCCACCGGAUUCACAGAUCAUUAGCCAGCCAGUUCAAAUAUGCCUUGGUAUGGGGGACAAGCACAAAAUACAGCCCUCAGAGAGUGGGCUUAACCCAUAUGAUGGAGCAUGAAGAUGUCAUUCAGAUCGUAAAGAAGUAGCUCCCUUUGCUGCUCUUUGCUGGUGCCUGGUCUUGUCUUUAAUCACUCAAAUUGGAUCUGACCACAUAAAAGCAAAACUAAACAAAAAAAAGAAAAAGAAAAA